CGGGUUCCGACGUUUCCGCUUCCAGGGCGGCGGUGGGGACCGUAGCGGUGGGAACCGCAGCGGCGGCGGCGGCGGCGGCAGCAGCAGCAGCAGCAGGAGAGGAGGUGGUUUGCUUUGGUUCCCCGGGAGAGGGGGAGAGCCGGCACGCCGGGAGUUUGAACUCAGGUGGAAACUGGAGAUGGACAUACAGCAAUAGUGUGGCCACUUUGCAAGGAAGACCUCAGCACCCUUUCUCCAGCAAGGGCCAUCCUGCAGGGGGAUUUAGGUUUGGGGUGACUCAUCUGCAAGAACAGCAGAGUCUGUAAUUUUCCUCAGCUUUUAACAAGGCUGGGAAAACUUGCUGCACGCCAUUCUGGACUCUCCGACUCCAGAAAGAUGUCAACAAAGUGGAAGGUAUUGGACGGGACCGGCGCAGAAACGAUUUACUGAAAAAUCUUUGUAGUCGUAAAAUUCUUUCCUGGGCAAGAGAGAAAGAAAACGUAAGGACUUGGCGUAAUCUCCGUAUUGAGGACUGUCAGACUAACGCGAUGGCUCAGGCGAGCCUCCUGGCCUGUGAGGGACUCUCUGGUGUUUGCCUGGUGCCAACAGUUGCCAGCAAGAAGAUGAUGCCGAAACAAAGCUCUAAGCAGGUGGAGAACGGGGAGAGAGGGGGUGCGUCGGACAUGCUGGGUCAUCGCAAGGAGAGCGAGAAAUCACGUAGUCGGAAGGAAGAAGAGACAGCAGAAGGGUCUCCUCCUAAAAAAUCCCUUAAAAAGGUAAUGGUGAUCGAGCAGAAUGGAUCCUUCCAGGUCCGGAUUCCCAAGAACUUCAUUUGCGAACACUGUUUUGGAGCAUUCCGGAGCAGCUACCACCUCAAGAGACAUAUCCUUAUUCAUACUGGAGAGAAGCCUUUUGAGUGUGACGUGUGUGACAUGCGCUUCAUCCAGAAGUACCAUCUGGAGCGCCACAAACGUGUCCACAGUGGAGAGAAGCCAUAUCAAUGUGAACGCUGCCUGCAGAGCUUCUCCAGGACAGACCGGUUGCUGAGACACAAACGAAUGUGCCAGGGCUGCCCCAGCAAAGCAUCUGACUCCCAGCUACUGCUUUAGGGUUGGGCCAGAGAAGAGGCUUUUUAAGAAGUUGCUGGGAAGUCCACCAGAUGCUCUGGGAGUGGGCUUGUUCCCCUGCUUGUAUUUUGUGCCCGAGUUUGCCUGCUGAGCCUACUCCUGUGGAAGGGGCAGAGCUGAGCAGGCACAGACUUGAACUGUGGUCUUGACACUGUAAAUACAUGGAGGACAAAGCAGGGCUGGCUUCCAGCCAUUGGGAAGCUCACUGCAGUUGUGGAUAAACAUUGCCGGGGUGCGCUUUCUGUUUCUGUUUAGGGUUUUUUGUUUUUUGGGGUUUUUUUUGAAAUUAUCACCAUUUGCCUCAGGAAAGGCUUUGAAAGCAUUGCUGGGCCUUCUUGCGAGCCAUUCCGACCAGAUCCGGUGCUCUCAAUUAACAGAUGACCUGCCAGCUGGCCUGAUAUUUGGGCUUGCAAAAAAAAAAAGUGGGAAAACAACAGGCAAAUAUUUUAUGAGAAACAGUGAUCACUACCAGUCAAGCAGUGAACUAUUUUGCUGGAGCUGAUCCACAUCAGGGACGGCAGGAUACCGAGACCUGGGGAUCACAGGAAUCUGUCUCAUUGACGUUAGGCCACAAGGCCUACUGGACUUUUCCCCUUCCCCCUUUCCGUGCUAUUCUCUUCAACAGUGAUUUGUGGUCUCGGCUUUCAGGUUUCAAGAAACAAGGGCUGCAGAAGGUGACAAAUGCUGUUGGGUCAACAUAGAAGUCUACCUUAGAUGUGUUCCAUUUAUCAAGAUCCAGUUGAUAUUCAGCUGGCUGGAAGGCUCUGUUUUCCUCCCAGGAGGGGAGGAUACUUGCGUGUGGUCCCUUUGCCUUCCCUUGUAAAUAGUCAUCUGUUCAGAACCUACCUGUUACAUACCCCUUCCCCGCAGAAUCCAGAGGUUUCUUGGGUGGCAAUUCUGUUUUCCUAAAUAAGUGAAAAGCCAGCUCCGGCCCACGGGCACCUAUCUCCUCGCUGAAGAACUGCAGUCUCUGUGGGGGAGAAUGGGGAGCGGCACUCUGGCCUUCUUGAUGUGGCUCUUGGAAUAAAAUACUCAAGGACUAAAGGUCAGCAUUCCCAUGCACCAUGAAUUCGGAUUGCUCCUGGGCUGCUUCGUUGAAGUUUGAAAAUAAGGCUUGUUGUCAAUAUGCAAAUUUUUAUGUGUGCUAUUUUUUUCAGCUUAGUUGCAACAGGCAGCGGCAAGUUUGCAAGGGAAGCCAGGAACCCUUCUAAGUCUCUCAUCCCACACCAUUUACAAUGGCCUUUCUAGAGGGCAAGUAAUAAUUUGUCACCGAGACUAGAAUUUACUUGUUAGGAACAAGCACCUCCAUCUGAAUGAUAGAUACAGAUCUCAUACGUGCUUCAAAUACAUCCCUCCCUGAGUUAACUUCUAAGUUUGCCAUAAGCACCUUGCUUUAAGCCAGGUUUUAAUCAAGGGCUGUGUUGAUAGGGAAACGGUAGUCUUUGUUUGGCCAUCCUUGAGAGGCUGCAUUUCUGCCUAUGCAACUAGAAAGGUUUAUAAACAAAGAUGGGAUACCUUAGGUGAGCGUUUUUCAAACUGAACAACUUUAAAAGGUGUGAGUUUCUUAACUCCCAGAUGUGUGGCUGGGAAAUUCUGGGAGCUGAUCUUAAAAAUUACCAAAUUUGAAAAAUCACUGCUUCAGUUCAAGAUUGUUGUCUCCACACACCCUUCCCCCUUCAACCAUUUAAGACAGGGCUGUCAAAAGUCAUCACGGCAGUGUCACGUGAUGUAUCUGUACUUUUUUCCUCUUUGCUAUACCGGAUGUAUGCGUGGCCGGCAUGUUAAACAUCCGGCCCCUGGGCCAGGAGUUUGACCACCCUGAUUUAAGAGAUGCCAGUGUAUUAGUAAUAGGCAUUGUUCUUUUGAUCACCUUUCUUCUAGGGAUCAUGGCAGUUGUAGUCCCAACAAAUCUGGAGUACAUUAGCUUGGGGAGUGUUACUGUAGAGGAGAUCAUAUUUUAUUUUAUAAAAUAUUUUUUAUUUUAUUCAUAGGAAGACCCAAGAUUAUUCCCAGCCUUGUUACAUUUCUAAAAUUAACACCAACGUCUAGUCUGCAGUUUAUAGGAACGAUUAGGACAUCCCAAACUCUAGGAGGUUUGUUGCAAUUUUGGUGGGGCUGAUAAAAAUUAAAAUGGUUGCUCCUUAGAAAGAACACACUGCCAUAAUGUUUCUCAGUUUACCAAGGACUGUUUCCCUCCCAAAAGGAAAUAAAAUAAUUGCUGUAAGAAAAAGCUUGAUGAAAUGCAGAUAUUGGGGAGGAGAAGGAAAUUGGAAUGUAACUGUUUCAGGGGGAAGUAGCAAUGUGCUCAGGUGAGAGAAAAAACCUUGCUUGAAUAGGGGGAAUCUCUUUAUCAAGUACUAGAUGUUUUUCUGUCCUUCCAGUCUUAAUCUAAUAAUUGAGACUUGGCAUUAUAGAGCAUAUUCACAGUUGCCUAGUGUUUCCCCAAGAGGUCAGGUGAAUCUCUUGAGUGAACUGCCUCCCAGUGCCGGAUCCUUUACGUGCCAAGCAGAGUAAUGACUCUGCUGUUUUGAUUCCUCUAAACUUUAUAUAGAGUCUAAAGCAUGUGCAGCUUUAAAAGCACAGGGAUGUGUUUUGCUUAGGCUCUGCGUCUUGCUAGGGUGCUGCCAUAGAAACUUGGGAGGCUGAUUAACACUUUACCCUGGGAAAAGAAUUCUAUAAGCUGCUGCACACUGCAUACCAGCUCAAUCAUUUACCAAUAAUCUGGAUAGGCAUUAAUUGGCAUCUGCCAAUUUUGAUGUCCAGUUCUUUUUUCCUGCUCAGGAGUAAAGGAAGAAGAAUGUUAACCUCAAAAACAAGUUGCAUGUGACUUUCAUUGCUGAAUUUUGCUCAGAAGUGGACUACAGCAUAGCGUUGAAAGAACAGAAUGGGGGAGAAGGCAGAAAGAGCAACUAUAACAAUUCAGUGAGUAAUUUUAAUAAUUGGACAAAAUAAUAGGGUUCAAGUAUUUUGUUGUUAAAUAAUCGUCUGCAGACAGUAAGUUAGCAAAAUGGGGAAAAUAGUUUUCUGUGGGAGGAGGUUUUAUUUAAACAAAUAGCUUGACCCACCCCAAUGAAAUUGAUAGCAUCUAUUAAUUGAUACUGGUUCAUCCUGACUAGAAAUGUUAUGCACGUGGGUAUAAUUGCACUAAGAUCUUUGCUUUUUUUAUUCCCUACGGAGAUGAUAUUGAAAGGAAGUGAAACUUGUCUGGACGUUUCACUGAUUGCCACUCUUUAAAGUGCAAGGGACCAAAACCAUUUCAGAAUGAAAUUU